AUGCUCCCACCCGUUCUCGCCUCGCUCCUCCACCCCUUCCACUUCAUGGCCAUCGCCCUCACCCACCUCCCCCCCACCAUCCUCAGCGCGCUCCUCACCGGCGACUUCGGCACCCUCCUCUCCCCGUCCCGCCUCCGCGCCGCCUGGUUCGGGCGUUUCUGGGCCGUGGUCGGCCCCCUCGUGCGCAUCCACGCCGAGCCCAACGUGAUCCCGCUGCUCCAAGGCCGCGUGACCCACGGCGUGGUCCCCCCACCCACCACCACCACCACCUCAUCUCAGCCACACCCACCCGUCUCCGGCACAGUCCUCGAAAUCGGCCCCGGCUCCGGCAUGUGGACGUCCCUCUUCACGCCCGCCCACCUCCCCUCCAUCGACAAGGUCUACGGGAUCGAGCCCAACACCGACAUCCACCCCCUGCUCGCAGCACAAGUGGCGGCGGCCGGACUCGACCGCGACGGCAAGUACGAGAUUGUGCCCGUGGGGAUCGAGGCGCUGGCGGAGUCGGGGCGGGUGGCGCGGGAGAGCGUGGACUGCAUCGUGACGGUGAUGUGUCUGUGCAGUAUUCCGGAGCCGCGGCGGAAUAUGGCGCAGUUGUAUGGGUAUUUGAAGCCCGGGGGCAGGUGCAUGCUUGAAUCUCGUCUGGCCUCAGUUUAUUGGAGGAUGCGAAAUGUGUCGCGAUACAGGAAGGUGGCUUAA